GGGGGGGUGACAAAAGAAGAAAUUGAUAUUUGUUCCAGCUUUAAUCAGUAAUAAAGGUAAUAAACCUUCAAAAAAAAAUUAUUUUUUUAAGGUUUAUUUAUUUUUUUCAGUGCGGCCAUUGACCGUUACGAAGUGGUGAGUUUAACUUAAUUCACCACGUGGAACCGCCAAUUCGAUUGUAGUGGUAAAGGAGAGAAAGCGAGAGAGACCAGGUGGGAGAAUCUUUUGAAUGAAUUCAAGCGGGAUUUGGAGUACAAAUAAACGGAGAGCGCAUUUAUGAAUCAACAGAUGUAAACAUUCGAACGUAACGUACCAUCUGUCAGCUCGGAAGCGCAUGCACAUGUUUUUGAUACAGCAGUGAUUGUUCUCUAUAUCUGAUGAAAAGCUAAGAUGAGGGAGAAUACUCCACCACAUUCUUCCUACGAAUUGGACGCUGAUGAAGGCGAUGACGAGUUGAUUUACGUAGGGGAUGCUGACGAGGUGCUGGAUCAAUGGGAGCGAGAUAUGAACGAUGUCGAUGGGGACGACGACGAGGAAGCUGGGGCUAUGGCUGAUGAUGAGGAUCAAGAGGAUGCCUACGUUCCGGAACGGGAUGAUGCUUUGAUAACUUUCAAAAAGCAUUCGGGACCAGUGUUCUGUGGGGCUUUGCAUCCCUCGGAGGAUCUUGCCGUGACUGGCGGUGAAGAUGACCGUGCCUUCAUCUGGAACACUAAGACUGGAGAAAAUGUUUUCGAAGUUACCGGUCACACUGAUUCGGUGAUAGCAUGCGAUUUUAGCUUCGAUGGAACUUUCGUAGCAACGGGUGACAUGGCUGGACAGAUUCAAGUUUUUAAAACAACGAAAGACUUCAAGAAAGUAUGGGACUUUUCGAUGGGAGACAUGUGCUGGCUGAAGUGGCAUUUCGGAGCACACGUGCUGCUAGCAGGUGCCGAAUCGGGCGAAAUCUACGUUUGGAGAAUUCCUUCUGGAGACUGCAAAGUAAUGCAAGGUUUUGGUGAGAAAUGUGAAGCGGCAAAGCUUUCUCACGAUGGCAAGAAGAUUGCUGCCGGCUAUGGUAACGGUGCCUUCAAAAUAUGGGACAUUAAGACAAACGCACCCAUCCUUGAUAUCGCUCCAAAUGAAACGUCAGGCCAUAUCAGUAACAUAACUUGCAUGUCGAUGGACAAGGAAAGUCAUUUGGUUCUGACCGGAAGCGAGGAGGGUAAGGCAGUUAUCAUGGGCCCGGCAGGUCCAGUUGGAACGCUCCAUCCUGACGAUGGCCCUGUGGAAGCGGUCGCUAUCGAUAGUCCUGAUUUCGAAAUCAAGGUAGCCGCUACAGGAACACUCAAUGGCAAAGUUACAAUAUGGGAUGUAGCAAGACAAACCGCACGGGUUGAAUGUGAAGAUCACAACCGUACCGGAGUGACAAAAUUGCUUUGGGGCAAAGACUGUAGCUUGAUUGGAGGAACCCUUGGUGGUGUGAUAAAAGUUUGGGAUCUGCGAAGUGGAGCCUUAAAAUAUGAAUUGCUUGGUCAUCGAAAUGACAUCCAGGAUAUGUGCUACGACGUGCAGCGAAAUUUACUGCUUUCGACAUCCGAAGAUGGCACAGCAAAAAUUUUCCAUUUACAGUGAUAUUUGUAUUGGAAGCCGCAUUUUUUUAGCUCUUGUAAAUAACUUUCAUUGAAAAUAUACAGUUUUUUUUCGCGA